GCAACUGAAACCCUUCAAUCUGUCAACGAAUCACAAGCAUCUAUGGAAAGCUUUCACUUUUUCAAGAUCAUUCUUUCUCUGUUUCUGCUCCUUCCUUUCUUUUCUUUUCCCCUUCACUCACACGCUUACGAUUACCGUUUACCUGAUCGUUACUUCGUUAACUGUGGCUCAAAGUCUCCGGUCUGGGUAUCCGAAUACCAGAGGACCUUCUCCGGCGACGACCCCUUCACCGGCGAUACCAGUGUAGUUGAAGACCCCAACUUCCCAGAAUCCCGGCUUGCAAUCUACAAAACCGCAAGAAUUUUCAAGAGAAAUUCUGGGUAUGAGUUUGAGACAACCCAGGAUGGCCCUUACACGGUACGCCUUCAUUUCUACCCCUUUUCUUCUUCUUCAUCCCCAAAUCUCUCCGAUGCAAGAUUCAACGUCACGGCUCUCGGGGUUUCUCUGUUGUCGAAUUUCGCCGUCAGCAAUAGUUCCAAUUUGCCAGUCAUUAAAGAAUUCUUGGUGUCAGUGAAGACCAGGUGGAAGCUCAGGAUUGACUUCAUACCUUCUCAAGAAUCAUCUUUUGCGUUUGUGAACGCAAUAGAAGCAUUCCCAGCCCCUAAAAGCUCCAUUCCUAACGAUGCUCCGGCAGUUAAUAAUACUAAGAACAUUUAUAACUUGUCAUCACAUGUUUUACAUGUGAUUUAUAGGAUUAAUGUCGGGGGUUCAGUAAUUACGCCUAAAAAUGAUUCUUGGUGGAGAAACUGGGAGACAGAUGAUGAUUACCUACUUUCCCCAAUUUCGGAGAGUAAUAAAUAUCCUGGGACUGGGGCACCGAAGUACCCCAAUGGAGGGGCAACUAAAUUCGAUGCCCCUGACUUUGUUUACAGUACUGCCAGAGGGCUAAAUCUUAAUGAUAAUAAGCAGACUAUUAAUCUUUCCAACAUAACAUGGCGUUUAACUGUGAGUAACAAUGCUCAAUACUUUAUCAGGCUGCAUUUCUCUGACAUUGUUAGCUCAUCUCUGAAUACUGAACAGUUCAAACUGUAUAUAUAUGGUGAAGCCAUAGUGGUUAGCCCAUCUGAGAAGGUUGGGGCCCUGAAUACUCCUUUUUACUUCGAGUAUGUGGUCGAUUCGGAUGCGUCUGGUUUCUUGAAUGUCAGUGUUAGUCCACUGCUAGGCACAGGUAGCUAUUGCUUUCUGAAUGGGCUAGAGAUUAUGCAGAUAAGUAAGGAUCAAGUUGAAGUUCCAGAUGAAAGUGGACAGAAGGGGAAAAGCUUGGUAAGAGUAAUUGGUUCAGUUGUUGGUGGGUUGGGUUUUGUCUUUCUGUCUGGAGUGGCAGUGUGGUUUUAUUUGAAACCGAAGAAGAAAAAGGCAAAACCAGUUGAGGAACAAAGUGUGAUUUCUCUUGGUCCUAAUAUGAAGAACCUUGGAUUGAAAGUACCUCUGUCAGAAAUCCUAUCUGCAACGAAAAAUUUCGAUCCCAAAGGAGUGAUUGGGGAGGGGGGGUUUGGGAAAGUCUACAAAGGAACAAUGAGGGGUGGAGUAAAGGUGGCAGUGAAAAGAAGUGAGCCUGGACAUGGACAAGGUCUGUUAGAAUUCCAAACAGAAAUAAUGAUCCUAUCCAAGAUUCGCCAUCGCCACCUUGUCUCUUUGAUUGGGUAUUGUGUUGAAAGAUAUGAGAUGAUUCUGGUUUAUGAGUUCAUGGAGAAGGGCACAUUGAGGGAUCAUCUGUACAAUUCGAAUUCGGACCAGCAGUCUUCACAUUCGGAAUUGUCUUGGGUUCAAAGGCUAGAAAUAUGCAUAGGAGCAGCCAAAGGCUUGAACUACCUUCAUACUGGUCUAGAUGUGCCAAUCAUUCACAGGGACAUUAAGUCCACAAACAUCCUGCUGGAUGAACAGAAUGUGGCAAAAGUUGCAGAUUUUGGGCUUUCGAGAUCCGGACCUCUUGAUCAAUCCCAUGUUAGUACUGAUGUUAAGGGCAGCUUUGGGUAUCUCGACCCCGAGUACUUAAGAUGCAUGCAACUCACCCAAAAAUCUGAUGUCUACUCAUUCGGGGUCGUACUGCUGGAAGUCCUUUGUGCUAGAUCAGCUGUCAGCAACUUGCUUCCCAGGGAGCAAGUGAACUUGGCAGAUUGGGGGAUGUCUUGGCAAAAGAAAGGGCAGCUUGCAGAGAUCAUUGACCCUUGGCUAGCGGGAAAAAUCAAUCCAGGCUCACUGAAGAUCUUUGGGGAAACUGCAGGGAAGUGUUUGCAGGAGAAUGGCAUUGACAGGCCUAGUAUGGGUGAUGUGUUGUGGGAGUUAGAGUAUGCUUUGCAGCUUCAACACACUGGAUUGCCAUUAGAUCCACACACAGAUGUUUCGCUGCAGUUGCCACUGCCUGUUUUUCGUCGCUUGCCUUCUCACAUCAUGCCGAACAGUGAGGGUGAGGAUGAGGAUUCACAAACUAGAAAUGGUGGGCUUGUGGUCAGUGACAGUGAGGUUUUCUCCCAGCUCAAAGUUGAGGAUGCAAGAUGAUGCAUAAUCUCAGUAUACUUUCAUUUGCUAUGUUAUCCAGAUUCAGCAGUAUGUGUCUUGUACUUUUCUUUUUUUGUUGUUGUUUUCUCAAUUCUGCAUGUGGAGUUGCAACUUGCAAGCACAAGUGCAUACAUGCAUUCCCUGCAGAUUAAUCUUCUUGUUUGUGUUCUGUGGAAGUGGAAAUAACAUUUUUCAGUUUGUAAUUACAUGAAAUCUUUAUUGUUCUGUA